GAGUCUCUCCAUAAUAGAACACUUGUGUCGGCAAAAGCUACGAGUCACACUUCUCUCUUAUUACGCUUUUGUCGUAAAAAAGAAAAAAAAAAAAUUUUGAAACCGAAACGGUGCGUUUCGUUUCACCGGCGCCGGAAACAAUGAGGAAGGAGAUUCUGCCGCCGGUGUCCACCACCACCGUCUGUUUAGAGAAUAAGCCACUGGUCGCUACAUUGCUAGCUCUCUCCCUCGUCAUGAUCAUCUGGAACCUUCCACCUUACUACCACAACCUCAUCUCCACCGCUCCUCCCUGCUCCGCCUCUCCCACCACCACCGCCACCACCAUACUCUCCUCCUCCUCCUCAUUUUCUCCACCUGAGAAUUUCGCCACCUCUCUCUCCGCCACGCCGGCAACUUCUCCUCCGUCAGAUCCGAACAAACGCGUUUUCCAACCGUUCGGAAACGCGGCGGCGCUGUUCGUCCUCAUGGGAGCUUACCGCGGCGGUCCAUCAUCCUUCUCCGUCGUCGGACUCGCCUCAAAGCCAAUCCACACCUUCGGGAAGCCAUGGUUCAAGUGCGAGUACCUAUCCAACAACGGAACCACAACACGAGCCACCAAAGCCGUGAAGAUCCUCCCGGACUGGGGCUACGGACGAGUCUACACCGUCGUGGUCGUCAACUGCACGUUCCACUCGAACCCCAACUCCGAUAACUCCGGAGGUAAACUCAUCCUCAACGCCUACUACAACGAACCUCCCACACUCUUCGAGAGGUUCACGGCCCUCGAGGAGGGCGCAGGGUCUUACAACGAGUCGAGAUUCUCGCCGCCGUAUCCGUACGAGUACCUCUACUGCGGCUCGUCGCUGUACGGGAACGUGAGCUCGUCGCGUAUGAGGGAGUGGAUGGCUUACCACGCUUGGUUCUUUGGUGAUAAAUCGCAUUUUGUCUUUCACGAUGCCGGUGGUGUUUCGCCGGAGGUUAGGGAGGUUCUUGAGCCGUGGAUUCGAGCAGGGAGGGUCACGGUUCAGGACAUUAGGGACCAGGCUCGGUACGAUGGUUAUUACUAUAAUCAGUUUUUGAUUGUGAAUGAUUGUUUGCAUCGGUAUCGUCACGCUGCGGAGUGGACGUUUUUCUUUGAUGUUGAUGAGUAUAUUUAUUUGCCUGAUGGGAAUACGCUUGAAUCGGUUCUUGCUGAGUUUUCGGAUUAUACUCAGUUCACUAUUGAGCAGAACCCAAUGUCUAGUGUUCUUUGCUUGAACGAUUCAACUCAAGAUUAUCCCAGGCAAUGGGGAUUUGAGAAGCUACUAUUCAGAGAAUCAAGAACAAACAUACGACGUGACAGGAAAUAUGCGAUCCAGGCCAAGAACGCUUUUGCGACAGGAGUUCACAUGUCUGAAAACGUAGUAGGCAAAACGCUACACAAGACAGAGACAAAGAUCCGUUAUUACCAUUACCACAACACCAUAACAGUGCACGAGGAGCUUUGCAGAGAGAUGUUACCUGUUUCGGCCAAGAAGAAGGUGACAUUGUACAAGAAGCUUCCAUUUGUGUAUGACGAUAACAUGAAGAAGCUAGUGAACACGAUUAAAGAGUUUGAGCAGAAAAAACUUGGGACCAAAGAUGUGAAGCAUUUCUCAUGACAAGAGAUAACAACCUAAUCCCUCUGAUAAUCAUUUUGUUUAUAAAGGUACAGUAGUUGUUUCCGUUUAGUUGUAUCAUCUGUUUUGUCCUCUUCUACUAUUUCAUUAAAAACAGAAUUUGAAUAUCGUUCUAGUUAAUUGAAAAUUUGAACUUAGCUA